AAAGUUUUCUAAUUUUCAUUAGUAGUGACAGCAUUUGGAAUUUUUGUGAUUUGGUUUAACAAAAUUAAUUGGCUUGCUAAACGAAAUGCAAUUCUCGGACGAUGCUGAGACUGUGGGCCAAGUUUUGUAUGUGCAUCAGCUAAUCAGGGAUCGCAUUGGCGACACAGAGACAAGCAAAAGUCUGGAGCCCUUGUGGUAUCGAGGACUGUCCGAUGUGCAAAUCAAAGGAAUUAAGGCUUUGCAACCUGCCUUGGCUGACGAUCUGCUGGAGGGAACAGCCUAUCGAGCGUAUUUGGUCUUGCGUCACAUUGGUUUGCAUCCCCGGCCACCGAAGAAAGAACUAUGCAAGUUGAUCCGCAUGAGUCGUGGCAAUGAGGUGGCGUUUCUUUGGUUCAUUAUGGAGGCGUAUUACGUUUCGGACAAUCACGACAAGAUCUAUGGCAGCAAUGAACAAAUCAUUAUGUCAGCCAUUUUCUGGCUGGAUCUUUAUCCCACGUUGCUUGCGCUGGAUCGUGUUUUGCCGCUGCCACAUGCCUCAGAGGAGACGCGUCGUAAAGAGGCUGAAGCGACAGCUCGGCGAAACAAGAUUGCACAGCAAAAUAAGCUCAAGGAAUUGCGAGCCAAGAAGAAAUCUGCGCAGUCCUCGUAUGCAAUAUCUCCGUAUUUCGCAACUCCGGUAAAGUUUAAAUUCCGCCGUCAAAAUCUGCGUGCUUUUGAACCGAAAAUGCCCGCUAAAUUACCCGAGGUGCCGCCAGAGGCAAGUGUUGUAUUACAAUCGCGCUGGUUUGGCGACAACGACAUCAAAGACAGCCAGCUUAUUGCUGCACCAGUGCUGCGCAAGGAAAUCGAUAACAUUCUGUCCACUUUGCAUGCGGCCAAACUGAAUGCGAAUGAUGUGGAGUCCUUGUGUGAGCACCACAAAAAGAUACAAGAGAUGGAGCUAUCGUUGCGUCUAAGUCUGGAGAAGAUAAAGGAACAACAGCUGGCGCAACUUAUAGACGUCGAUUACCGCUCAAGGCAGCGCAAUCGUCGACGUACUCUACUACAACUCGAUAAAUUGAUAGAGCAUUAUCGGGCACAAUUCCGUGACAUGGCCAUCAAGACACGCAUGGCUUCGACUCGAAAGCGACUUAAUGCAAAUAUGCAUGAUCCGGAUUUCAUAUUCGCGCAACGUGUCUCGGGGGAAGACAUUUGCCUGGUACUCGAGGGAGUCGACCCUUUGCCCCCCAGCUGCAGAGAUAAUACGCCGCCGGAAGUGGAGUGCAGACAUAAAUUCGAAAAGGCUCCAGGGAAUGCGUGUGCCUCAAAUCAAUCACUCACGCAUCGUCCCAGCAAACUGAAACAGUUUCUGUGCAAAGGUGGCACUGAAGUGGAGACGUCAAAGGUCAACAAGGAUCUGUUGCCGCCUCUGUGUCACUGCCGCAAUUGCGUAGAUUGCAGGGAAUACUUUUCCGGCUCGGGCAACAAUUACAGGUUCAACUACCGAAAGCUGUUUGCGCCCAACAAGACAACGACUCUGGACACAGAGCAAAUGUGGCUAAAGUCGCAGUUCAUCAAGGCGCUGGACGAUGAUGUGAAGUAUAUGAAUCGGGUCUUGGAGGGCAAUGCGAGUGACUCGAUGACAGAGUUUGUAGAUCGUGCGGUAAAGCGCAUGUUUAAAGAAGGCACAGACCUCAUACAUCAGGAGUACGAUAAAUUGGUAACUGAAAAUGCCAAACCAAUAACCGAUCAACGUUUGAACUUUGGCCAAGAGUACUUCGAUGCUAAUAACAUUGAACAGAUGAAGGCAAUGCUCAAGCUGGGCCUCGAACGUAUUGCACAUGAUCAUCGCAUGGUGCUGCCCACGCUGCCUGAUGUGCACUUAGUGCCGCUGUUGAUCGAAUGGAUUUGUGCCCGGUAUGGUAAACUGUAUUCGUCUAGCGAUCGCCGACGCAAUUUCAAUCAAUCGAAUGUGCUGAUGAACCAGUUGAAUAUCAUACUGAAAGGCGAAAUUGUGCAACGAGAGUGCCGUCGACCCACCGUCUCGCUGGGUAAUUUAUCCAACAUUCGAGAGCAGAUUAAGAUGAGUCGUCAGCUGAAACAAUACUGGAUUCGUUUUAUGAAAUACUUUGUGGUCUCUAUCAUGGAACUGGGACGCAUCUAUCAGGCCAGCAUGCGAUCGGAUCGCGGUGCUGCUGCCAUCUCCACCUACUAUGCCUAUAUGCCUGCCCAUGCUCUGGAUGUGCAGAUCUGCCGAAAAUCGCCGUUGAUCAAUCGCCGCAAUAAGGUGGACAAACGAUUGAGUGCAAUUAUACCUCGAAAUAUAAGAAUAAAGAAAAUGAAAUGAA